UAAUGCCUGCUCCUCUGCAGACCGCUCUUCCUUGACUCUCCCCAUAACUGUUGUCAGAUUUAUGGAUCUGUUCUACCGAAAGCCUUGCAGAAGGGGCAGAGGAUGCCCUGGUUAACCCCUGCAUGUAAAAAGGUAGAGCCAUUUUUAUUCAUAGCUGGGGCACAGAACACUGGAAAGAGAAAGCAAAAUUUCCUGAGCUACUGCUAAGCCAGAAAAGCUCAGCUCUCAAAAGGACUAUCGCCUGAGACCUCACACAGCUGGGAACUGAUCCGCGAUACAGCAAAGGCACCUGUUCACCGAAGUUGAGGCUGGUCACAGGUUGGGCAGCCCAAGGAGCUGCUCGGUUCACCCAUAAGGGAUGAGAGCUGCCUGCCCGCUGCUGCUUGGAGAGCCUCAGACAGACGCUUGAAGAGGUGUGUGGAUGGCUCCUGGAUCUUGACUUGCUCCCACGGAAAUAUUGUGUGACUGAGUUUCCUGUCAUACUGCUCCCCAGUUGACCAUGAACCAGCCAGAGCCUGCCAGUGACCCUGAACCCCUGUGUGCGGUAUGCGGCCAAGCCCACUCCCUGGAGGAAAACCACUUCUACAGCUACCGGGAGGAUGUGGAUGAUGACCUCAUCUGCCACAUCUGCCUGCAGGCUUUGCUGGACCCCCUGGACACUCCGUGUGGACACACCUACUGUACCCUCUGCCUUACCAACUUCCUGGUGGAGAAGGACUUCUGCCCCAUGGACCGCAAGCCUCUGGUUCUGCAGCACUGCAAGAAGUCCAGCAUCCUGGUCAACAAGCUCCUCAACAAGCUGCUGGUGACCUGCCCGUUCAGGGAGCACUGCACCCAGGUGCUGCAACGCUGCGACCUCGAGCACCACUUUCAAACCAGCUGUAAAGGUGCUUCCCACUACGGCCUGACCAAAGACAGGAAGAGACGCUCGCAAGAUGGCUGUCCAGACGGCUGUGCAAGCCUCACGGCCACGGCUCCCUUCCCGGAGGUUUCUCCAGCUGCCACCAUCCCCUUAAUGACAGACGAGCCUGGCCUAGACAACCCUGCCUACGUGUCCACGGCAGAGGACAGUCAGCCAGCAAUCAGCCCAGUGGACUCUGGCCGGAGCAACCGAACUAGGGCACGGCCUUUUGAAAGAUCCUCUAUUAGAAGCAGAUCUUUUAAAAAAAUAAAUCGAGCUUUGAGUGUUCUUCGAAGGACAAAGAGCGGGAGUACAGUUGCCAACCACGCUGACCAGAGCAGGGAAAAUUCGGAAAACACCACUGCCCCUGAAGUCUUUCCACGGUUGUACCACCUGAUUCCAGAUGGCGAAAUUACCAGCAUCAAGAUCAAUCGUGUGGAUCCCAGUGAAAGCCUCUCCAUUAGGCUGGUGGGAGGUAGUGAAACCCCACUGGUCCAUAUCAUUAUCCAACACAUUUAUCGUGAUGGGGUGAUUGCCAGAGACGGCCGGCUACUGCCCGGAGACAUCAUUCUAAAGGUCAAUGGGAUGGACAUCAGCAACGUCCCUCACAACUACGCCCUGCGCCUCCUGCGGCAGCCCUGCCCGGUGCUGUGGCUGACCGUGCUGCGUGAGCAGAAGUUCCGCAGCAGGAGCAAUGGACAGGCCCCCGAUGGCUACGGACCCCGGGAUGGCAGUUUCCAUGUGAUUCUCAACAAAAGUAGCCCCGAGGAGCAGCUUGGAAUCAAACUGGUGCGCAAGGUGGAUGAGCCUGGGGUGUUCAUCUUCAACGUGCUGAAUGGCGGUGUGGCAGAUCGACACGGUCAGCUCGAGGAGAAUGACCGCGUGUUAGCCAUCAACGGACAUGACCUUCGAUAUGGCAGCCCAGAAACUGCGGCUCAUCUGAUUCAGGCCAGUGAGAGGCGUGUCCACCUCGUCCUGUCCCGCCGGGUUCGGCAGCGGAGACCUGACAUCUUUCAGGAAGUCGGCUGGAACGCCAGUGGCAACCGGUCCCCAGGGCCAGGGGAGAGGAGCAACACUCCCAAGCCCCUCCAUCCUGCAAUUACUUGUCACGAGAAGGUGGUAGAUAUCCGAAAAGACCCCGGCGAAUCUCUCGGCAUGACCGUCGCAGGGGGAGCAUCACACAGAGAGUGGGAUUUGCCUAUCUAUGUCGUCAGUGUUGAGCCCGGAGGAGUCAUAAGCAGAGACGGAAGAAUAAAGACAGGUGACAUUUUGUUGAAUGUGAAUGGGGUCGAACUGACAGAGGUCAGCCGGAGUGAGGCAGUGGGGUUAUUGAAAAGAACGUCCUCCUCGAUAGUACUCAAAGCUUUGGAAGUCAAAGAGCGUGAGCCCCACGAGGACUGUGGCAGCCCAGCAGCCCUGGAUUCCAACCACAACGUGGCCCCACCCGGUGACUGGUCCCCAUCCUGGGUCAUGUGGCUGGAAUUACCACGGUACUUGUAUAACUGUAAAGAUAUUAUAUUGCGAAGAAACACAGCUGGAAGUCUGGGCUUCUGCAUUGUAGGAGGUUAUGAAGAAUACAAUGGAAACAAACCUUUUUUCAUCAAAUCCAUUGUUGAAGGAACACCAGCAUACAAUGAUGGAAGAAUUAGAUGUGGUGAUAUUCUUCUUGCUGUCAAUGGUAGAACUACAUCAGGAAUGACACAUGCGUGCUUGGCAAGAAUGCUGAAAGAACUUAAAGGAAGAAUUACUCUAACUAUUGUUUCUUGGCCUGGCACUUUUUUAUAGAAUCAAUGAUUGGUCAGAGAAAAACAGAAAAAUCACAAGCUAAGUUGAAACACUAUAUUUAUCUUGUCAGUUUUUAUAUUUAAAGAAUACAUUGUAAAAAUUGCAGGAAAAGUGUGAUCUAAUGAAAGCCAGUUACACCUCAGAAAAUAAGAUUCCAAAAAAAAAAAAUAAAUAAAAACUAACAGUUUUUCUUUUUUCAGUGUGGAAGAGUUCUCAUUACUCCAUAACUUUGUUUAUAUUUUUCUAUUCAAUAAAAAGCCCUAAAACAGCUAAAAUGAUUUGUACACCCCACUGAAUUCAAAUUGAUUUAAACUUAAAAUUUGGUAUAGGCUGAAGUCUGCCAAGGGUACAUUCUGGGCAUUUUUAAUUUAAGGCCAAAAGAUUUUUUUAAAUGCAUUGCUGAGAAACAUUGUUUUCAUCAAACAAGAAAUAAAUAUUUUUCAAAAAUUA